UCGAUCGACCUUUUGUAGAACGGGAUCCAUACCCAAUGCUGAAACGCGGUGCAGAUACAGACGCAGGCAAACCUGAACCUGCAGAGCGCACCAAUGGCAGAUCACGAUCUGCUAGUGCUAAAGCAGCUGAGUCCAGUGAGGUCAAACCCCGAGCUGAGUGAGCUCGGAUACGCGUCGAGCACCUUUCGCUUUUCACCAGCAAGCAAUCGCCUCGCCCUGCAUUAUUUCUGAGCGGAUUGCGGCGGCGGCUCCUCGCUAGAUCCGCGUCCGCGAAGACGGCCCAGAUGGAGCCCCAGGAUGACGGACCCCUUCGCCUCCAAGAACCCGCCGCCGCCGGCUGCGGCGGCGUCAUUGGCAAAAGUUGCGUCGCCUCCCCCUGCCGAUGGCUGCGGCGGCUGUCCCGCAAGCUGCACUGGAGCUUCGUGCUCGCGGUCGUCGCGGUCUAUGGCGCCUGCCAGGGCGUCGGCAACGCCGUCGGCGGCGUCGCCGCGGGGUACUACUGGAAGGACGUGCAGCGCGUGCAGCCGUCGGCGGCCCAGUUCUACCAGGGCGUCACGGACGCGCCGUGGGUCGUCAAGCCCCUCUGGGGACUGCUCACCGACGUGGUCCCGGUCGCCGGCUACCGCCGCCGCCCGUACUUCGUUCUCGCAGGUUAAAGAUCUGAACUUCCUUGGUUCCAUCACCAUCAGCCCGGUCGAGCCAGCGGGUUCUGCAUCCUUGUCUUGCCAUAAUGCAGGCGUGGUCGGCGUGUCGUCAAUGCUGAUGCUCUCCCUGCACCGCGGAUUGGGGAUCAUGCCGGCGCUGCUAGCCCUGACGGCGCAGAGUGCGGGCGCCGCGAUAGCCGACGUGACGGUGGACGCCCUGGUUGCUCAGAACAGCAUAACGCACCCGCCCCUUGCUUCCGACAUGCAAAGCCUGUGUGGGUUUAGCUCCUCUCUUGGGGCAUUGGUUGGAUUCUCCAUUAGCGGCCUGCUUGUUCACUCAAUGGGCUCUCAGGGUGCUCUUGGCCUGUUGAGCAUCCCCUCUAUACUGGUGCUCUUGGCCGGGAUCCUGCUGAAGGAGAACCACGUUGCAGAAUUUGACUACAAGCAGGUUCAUAAAAAGUUCUACAAAGCGAUUCGGUCUAUGGGGACAACACUGAAAUGCCCAGAGGUCUGGCGGCCAUGUGUAUAUAUGUUUGUUUCUCACAAUUUGAGUCUGGAUAUUCAGGGAGGAAUGUUCUACUGGUACACAGACCAUGUGGUUGGACCUGGGUUUUCUGAGGGAUUUAUCGGUCUCAUCUUUGCAAUUGGUUCAUUUGGUUCACUGCUUGGAGUUUUGCUAUACCAAAGCGCUCUGAAGGACUAUUCUUUCCGCAGCAUACUUUUAUGGGGUCAAGUGCUGUCUAGUCUGGCAGGAAUGCUCGAUCUGGUAUUGGUGACCAGGCUAAACUUGAAAAUUGGCAUACCGGAUUAUUUCUUUGCAAUGAUCGAUAACAGCAUUUCCCAAAUGGUUGGCAGACUCAAAUGGUUGCCACUUCUUGUGCUUUGCUCCAAGCUUUGUUCCCCCGGCAUCGAAGGAACAUUUUACGCGCUACUCAUGUCACUACAAAAUGCCGGGUUGCUGAUGUCUGCUUGGUGGGGUGGCUUGCUGCUGCACAUGCUGAAUGUGACUCGAAUGGAGUUCAGUAACCUCUGGAUCGCUGUCUUGAUUAGAAACAUUUCAAGGCUUGUCCCAUUGACACUAUUGUUUCUUGUUCCUCAAAGUGAUCAGAACUCAACACUCCUGCCUGCAGAGAUGCUUGAAUGUGACACAACAGAAGCUGUGAGGGCAGGAUCAGUUGAAUUCUCAGUCCUCGUUCAAGAAGAUUCUGGCUGCAUUUCUCCCAAUAUGGUGGCUGAGGAUGGACGAACCAAAAUGCUUGAUGCAGAAAUCGAUGAUGUGGAAUCAAUCCCGCUGGUUAGUAAGAGCCAGACCAUUGAUUCAUGAUGUGUUAAGUGCCAUGAUUUGGCAAAUGAUUCCAUGACUCAUCCCCAAGUCCGUUAAAGACGGUAAGACAUUGCAUCGAAGAUCGAACAAAGGAAUUGGAGAAUUUGGUACCGAAAUGCGGGACUUGGAAUUUUCACUGUUACAUAGGUGGUAGCAGUCAUGAGCAAGAGUUGACUGAGCUCAAGCAUAGCUUGUUGAUACACAGUUUUAGGCACUUCAAUUACUCCUUAUCGCCAUUUAGACAUACUGAACACAUUCCUUCCGGUUAUAGAAAUCCAUUCUUUGAAUGCCAGUGUUUCGAGUAUAUGUUCUUUGCACACCAUAAUAAACAAGCAGAAAUUGUAGUUGUGCAUUUGACCCAA